UCUGCCCCCCCAGUCCCUGGGGAUCCCCCCAGCCCAGGCUCUACCCCCCAACCCCUUCCUGGAGGCUCCUAUCUCGGGUCCCUGUCCCCUCAGCCCUGCCUUCACACAGAGUGGCAGAGUUACCCUGAGCAGCUCUCCCCCCUCAUCCUCACAUCCCCAUUCCUAUGACUGUGGCCAGCUGAGUUGGGGACUGGGGUACAGGGGCCACGUGUCCCUUCCCUCUCCAGGCUGGCGAACCUGCCAGAGGCCAUGCCCAGGGACCUUCAGCAGAGCCCCGCAGAGGAAGGGAGGAGCAUCACUGACUCUCUCAUCGCCCAGAGAAACCUGUCCUGCCCUGCAGAAAAAGAGACCCCAGAGAGCAUAUCCAAGGCCUUAGCGUCGCUGCUCACCAUCCGCUUGGACAGGGAGAACAUUUGCGCUAUCAGCAACCUGCAGGGUCUGAGAGAGGUCCGCAGUCUCUACCUGCAAGAGAACCAAAUUGAGACCAUUGAGAAUCUCAGCUGCCUUCCCAACCUCCGGUUUCUCUCACUGGCUGGGAACCGCGUCCGGGUAGUGGAGAACCUCCGGGACCUGCAACAACUGCAGUUCCUGGACCUGUCGCAGAACCGGAUCGAGACACUGGACCAUGAUGAGCUGCCCCGGACCCUCCGCAUCCUGAACUUAUCGGGAAACAGGUGCACCCACCAAAAUGGCUACAGAGAGUUGGUGCUCGGGGCCUUGCCCCAUCUCAUGAAGUUGGACACCCAGCUUAUCCCCAGCUGGAGGGACCCUGACCCAGCGGAGGAGGAGGAAGAGGAGGGAGCUUCUGAUGACAGUGACUCUGAGGAAGAUGAUGAUGAUGUCCCUGAGCUGACUGGUCCUUUCUGUGCAGACAAAGAGUUCUUUGCGGGUCUCCGCCAGGAGCUGGCUGGCCGCUCACAGAGGAGGAGGCAGGAGGCGCUGAGCGAACACCAGGCCCGGCUGGAGGAGCUCACAGAGCGACAGAGACUGAUGCAGCCGCCAGGAGAUCUGUGCCCAGGAAGCCGGGAGGGCCGCCUGGCACCUAGCCCAGCGGAGGAGGGAGCUGCAGGAGGGAGAUCGCCAGCCCCUGGGCUGCGUGAGCCGCACCCCAACCCCAAGUCGGGAUCUCGGCUGCUUUCUCUACCGAAGGCAGGAGGCUCUGCGAGGUCUGGCACCCCACGCACUGGCAGGCAGAGCAAGCGCGGGAGCGGGGCCCGCCUCAAGCCCCCGAAAGGGGAGGCUUCCACCACAGUUAAAACUGCAGCCAGAGCAGCAAAGAAGUGACUGACGCCCAGCCAGCCCCCGCUGACUGCGCCGGCCCGGACAAAAUAGCACAGUGGCGCUAGUGAUUGAAACAUAAAACCACUUUAUUCCACCUCA